UUUUUUCAGGUGGAGGCAGACGUACACGUUGAGUCGCUCAUCACAUCCUUGAAAGAAGAUUGUAAAACUUGUGUGUGUCCAGCCAAUGUCCAGUCCUACUCUGUCCAGUGGCGGGAUGGCGGCAUCCAGCCCGAUUCUCACACUGAACACAGGGAAUACCUGACUCGGUUCUGUUCUGACUUUGUCACUGGGGUAAAGUCGCUCAUAGACAUGGACGCCCUGACAAGAGACUCUUUGAUACGGCAGAGAGAAUACUACUCCCUGUACACUGAAAUUCUCCACCACUCCCAUUUUUGUAAGCUCAAAUCUGAAGCAUUCUGUGGCCAGCAGGAGACACUGGAGCACAUCAAAGAUUACAUCCUGGAUCCAACAAACCGCAAACCUUUUGUGAUUCAUGCUCAGUCGGGAGCCGGAAAGACAUCAGUGUUGGCCAUGGCCAUGAACAGCCUCAAGCUAUGGAUCAAAGAGAAGCACAUCGGUAUCAUCCGGUUUCUGGGCACAUCCCCUCUCAGCACGGACAUCUACAACGUCCUGUUCAGCAUCUGCGGGCAACUGGCCGACAUCACCGAGAGCAUCAUGGAGCCACAGAGCUACAGGACGAUGAAAGGUCUGGCCAUGUACCUGCCGAGGUUCUUCAGAAGCAUAGCCUCAACGGCACGUCAGCCUGUAAUCAUCUUCCUGGACUCUCUUGACCAGCUUGAGGACUCCCAUGAGGCUUACACAGCCUGGUGGCUUCCCGUCAACCUCCCACCCAAUAUCAAGCUCAUUAUUUCAACACUGCCGGAUUGUCAUGACAUCCUGACCAAUUUAGUUGCAGCCAUAGGUCAGAAAAAGAAUUUUGUUGAGGUCCCUGUUCUGCCUGACGACACCAGCAGGGAAAUAGUUGCCAAAUAUCUGACCUUAAAGAGACGAAUGGUCAGUGAUGAACAGAUGGGAUUUCUCCUGGACACUUUCAGGAAAUCCCCCAAUCCUUUGUACCUGAAGUUGCUGAUGGACCAAGCAGUGUUCUGGAACUCCUGCACCCCCAUGUCAGAGCUGGUCUUACCAAACUCCGUCCGGGUCGCCAUCAACAAUUUAUUUGACAAGCUUGAAGUUAAAUUUGGGUGCAAGUUUGUUCAAGGAGCGCUGGGUUUGAUCACAAUCGGCCAAAACGGUCUCAGUGAAAUAGAACUGGAGGAUGCCCUGUCGUGCAUGGAUGACGUCAUGAAUGAAAUCUACCGAUUUCACGAUCCACCCGUGCCGGGCAUGAUUAGAGUCCCACCUGUCAUGUGGGCAAGGCUCAGAUUCGAUAUCAAGGAGUACCUGGUGGAACGACAAUCACAAGGUCAGACAACAUUGUACUGGUACCACAGACAGUUCAUAGAGGCCGCUUCUGAGCGCUACACACCAGGAACAAGAGGGCAGCUCCUACAUAACGUUCUGUUUGAGAUGUUUGCAUCGGAACAAGGGGUGCGUAAAGACAUCGUGCUGACUGAUAGAAACAACCUCCUCAUACCAGAUGCAGACAGGAACACCACACCACAGCCCACCACUUGGGGUAACACACGCAAGCUCGAGUGCCUCACCUAUCAUUUGAACAACUCUGAAAAAGUCCAAGACCGUGACUUUGCCAAAAAGACCACCUACUGCAAUUUGCAGUUCCUC